AUGUGGGGAACGAUUAAAGCCAAACUUUUCCUGAAGAAACACACUGAUUGGAGCCUCCUCCACACCUGCCUGUUUACCUGUGCUUCCCAGCUAAACACCAUCCCGGGACCCCCCCGACUGCCUUUUUGGUUUUGUUUGUUUUGGGUUUUCCCUCCAUGCAGAAAGCUCAACAACAACGAGCUGGAGAGAAUACCGGACUUCGGACCGUGCGCUUUGAACAUCACCACGCUGGUUCUAGCAAACAACCGGAUCAGCCGGAUCGCGCCCGGCCAGCUGCAGCCCCUGCUGGCCCUGCAGACCCUGGACCUCAGCAGCAACAACAUGGUGGACAUCCGGCCCGACUCCUUCCCCCUGCUGACGCUCAGGAACCUCAUCCUGAACUCCAACAGAAUCUCUGUCCUGGAGCCGGGGUGCUUCGUGAACCUCUCCAGCACCCUGCAGGUCCUGAGGCUCAACCGCAACCGCCUGUCCAGCCUCCCCGCCAAGAUCUUCCAGCUGCCCAACCUCCUGCACCUCGAACUGAGCAGGAACCGGAUCCGCCGGGUGGAGGGCCUGACGUUCCACGGGCUGCACGCGCUGCGCUCGCUCAAGAUGCAGCGCAACGCCAUCAACCGGCUCAUGGACGGAGCCCUCUGGGGCCUCAGCAACAUGGAAGUGCUACACCUGGACUACAACAACCUGACGGAGGUCAGCAAGGGCUGGCUGUACGGCCUGCUCCACCUGGAGCACCUCCACCUGGCCCACAACGCCAUCGUCCGCAUCCGCCCGCACGCCUGGGAGUUCUGCCAGAACCUCCGUCAGCUGGACCUCUCCUCCACCCACCUGGCGCGCCUGGAGGAGGCCAGCUUCUCGGGCCUCAGCCUGCUGGACCAGCUCCACCUUGGGAACAACCGCAUCAGCUUCAUCGCCGACGGAGCCUUCAGGGGGCUGUCCCACCUGCAGACGCUGGAUCUCCAAAACAACGAGAUCUCUUGGACCAUCGAGGACAUGAACGGGCCCUUCUCCGCGUUGGACAGACUCCGUAAACUGUUCCUACAAGGCAACCACAUCCGCUCGGUCACCAAGAAGUCCUUCUCCGGCCUGGAGACGCUGGAACACCUGGAUCUGAGUGACAACGCCAUCAUGUCCAUCCAAGGCAACGCCUUCUCGCAGAUGAAGAACCUGGAAGAACUGCACCUGAACACGUCCAGCCUGCUGUGCGACUGCCAGAUCAAGUGGCUGGCGACGUGGGUGGCGGCGCAGGCCUUCCUGCCCCUCGUCAACGCCAGCUGCGCCCACCCCCAGAUGCUGAAGGGCAUGAGCCUGUUCUCCGUGGGCCAGGACGACUUUGUGUGUGACGACCUCCCCAAGCCCCAGAUCACCCUGCAGCCCGACACCCAGUCGGCGCUGAAGGGCUCCAACGUGACCUUCGUCUGCUCCGCCGCCUCCUCAAGCUCCUCCCCCAUGACCUUCGCCUGGAAGAAGGACAACGAGGCGCUGGACGGCGCCGAGGUCCUCAACCAGGCGCACCUCCGCGCCCAGGGCGGGGCCGGGAGGGGCGGAGUGACGGAGGUGACGGAGUACACCACCACACUGCGGCUGCGCGACGUGGACUUCUCCAGCGAGGGCCGGUACCAGUGCGUGAUCUCCAACCACUUCGGCCCGUCGUACUCCCUCAAGGCCAAGCUCACCGUCAACAUCCUGCCCUCCUUCACCAAGACGCCCAUGGACCUGAGCAUCCGUGCGGGCGCCACGGCCCGCCUGGAGUGCGCGGCGGUGGGCCACCCGGCGCCGCAGAUCGCCUGGCAGAAGGACGGCGGCGUGGACUUCCCGGCGGCCCGGGAACGCCGCAUGCACGUGAUGCCGGAGGACGACGUGUUCUUCAUCGUGGACGUGAAGGCGGAGGACGUGGGCGUGUACAGCUGCACCGCCGGGAACACCGCCGGCGCCAUCUCCGCCAACGCCACGCUCACCGUGCUAGAGACGCCGUCCUUCCUGCGGCCGCUGCGGGACCGCACCGUCUCCAAGGGCGAGACGGCCGUGCUGCAGUGCAUCGCGGGCGGCAGCCCCCCGCCGCGCCUCAACUGGACCAAGGACGACGCCCCCCUGCUGGUCACCGAGCGCCACUUCUUCGCCGCCGCCAACCAGCUGCUGAUCGUGGUGGACGCGGCCGAGGGCGACGCGGGCCGCUACACCUGCGAGAUGUCCAACGCGCUGGGCACCGAGCGGGGCGACGUGCGCCUGGCCGUGCUGCCCGCCCCCAACUGCGAGGGCGGGGGCGGGGUCAGCGGCGGCGGGGGCGGCGGCCUGGGGAUGGGGGGCGGGGCAGCGGCGGCCGGCGGGGCGGAGGAGGACGGCUGGAACACGGUGGGCAUCGUGGUGAUCGCGGUGGUGUGCUGCGUGGUGGGCACCUCGCUGGUGUGGGUGGUCAUCAUCUACCACACGCGGCGGCGCAGCGAGGACUGCAGCGUCACCAACACAGACGAGACCCACCUGCCGGCGGACAUCCCCAGCUACCUGUCCUCCCAGGGCACGCUGGCGGACCGCCAGGAGGGGUACAUCUCCUCGGAGAGCGGCAGCAGCCACCAGUACCUGGCCUCCUCCCUCAGCGGAUACUACCUGCAGCACAAGGACAUGAACGGUCUGUGCCACGCCGACACAGGAAGUGAUGCAGACUUGGAGGCGGCCCUCGACCCCCUGCUGUGCCACUACCAGGGGCCAAUCGGCUCGCUUCUCCGCCGGGAGCACAUGCUUCCCCUGGACCAAUCAGAGGCCUUCACAGGAUGUAGUCUGGACCAGAGGCCGACGCUGGGGGACUCCUACAGCCUGGGCUCGUCCAAGUGCCGGGAGUACCACCCGUGCGGAAAGGGGGUCCCGUCGGACCACUACGACCACCCCUCCCCCGGCGUCCUGAUGCAGCUGCCCAGCACCACGCUACACUUUGGGGUACCUCCCCCGUACCCGGGUGGAGAGAACCGUCCAUCGUCCGCGGACGGAGAGAGCGGGAUGGAUUACGGUCGGCCUCACGAAAGAGCGACGCCCACAAAUACCUUCAUGGGAACGUUUGGGAAAACUCCUCGGAAGCCGAAAACGGAGCCGGAUCCCGGGUUGGGACCCCGGACCCCGACCGGACCCCCGACCCCGACCAGAACCCUGACGCAUCCCGAGAACACGUACACAUCGCUGGACGCAGACUCGGAACGGGAAGACAGCGUCCGGUCGCGGUCCGACUCGGGUUCGGACGGAAACUCGGGCGUUUACGAACAGCCGUUCGACGCGCCCCGCUUCGUCUUCCCGCCGCCGCCGUCGAGCACGUAGCUCGAAUAGUUCAGACGGAAUGUCGGGAUCUUUUUUUUUCAUGAAGAACAUAAAAAAAAUGAAAAACGAACAAACGUUAAUGUGUACCUUCUACCUCAGUGAAAAGACACUUCUGGAUUCAACGAGACAAGAGACAAAGUUCGGGAAAACCAAAAAACCAAAAAAACGCGAAAAAGUGAAUGUAAAGAUCAAUCCGUUCUGACGUGAAACGGGACGGGAGAAAAACGCCAUUGACCGAUCCAACGGAAAUCACAGAUUAUAGAUUUUAUAUAGACCCUUUUUUUAUACAAAGUUUUAUUAUAUUUUGUAAAUUGAUUGUGUACAAAACAGAUGCCGUUAUUUUUGCUUACCUUUUUUGUCCUUUUCUUAUUUUGUCGUAUUUCGUGUACUUUGGGAAAAGUGUUGUUCCAUGUUCCCUAAGCCUCCCAGGCUUGAGAUCUGCUCCGAGUGAAGCGCUGUUGUUUUUGCACAUACCCGCCAAACAUAAUAAAAGGAAAAAUAAAAUAAACUCCUCUAAUUCUGCUGU